UAAGGGAAAAUGGCGCGCAGAAUCAUGGUGUACGUGGUUAAUGUAAUGUUUUAUGUCUGCUUCAUUUCCCUAAUAUCGUCUGAUGACUUAAACAUUUGCAAGAAUGAAUUUACUGGUCAACAUGAAUGCUGUACCGAUUAUAAAAAUAUUUCAGGAAUUUGUCAAGCUUGUAUUGGUUUUUACGGAAAAAGCUGCAAUUUACCAUGUCCGUUGGAAUUCUAUGGACACGGAUGCAAAGAAAAAUGUCAUUGUAGUGAGCAACAGAUAUGUGACAAGACAAAGGGAUGUUUAGCUGUUACGAAUACAAGCACAGGUUUUUCACAGAAUUCUAACAGGAUUGAUAAUUUAAAAACAACAAUUAUUGCUGCCGUCACUCUUGUUAUCUUUAUUUUUGGAGCGUUAUGGACAGCGUGCUUUUUACAGAUGAGGUUAAGGAGACAAAGGAGGAAAAAUAUCAACAUUUCAAAAUCUGCACCCUCAGGAGAUACUCCUAAGGACAAUCAGGAACAAGGAGAAUACAUCUAUAAUGACGUGAGAGAAUCACAAAUGUUUGAAAAGGAAGCAAUAAAUCCUGUUGUUUGUAAUUCUCUUCAAAGACAGCAUCUAAAUAACUUUGCUCAUCUGAAAUCUUCAAAAAGUUUACCAAGACAUUAUAAAACGAAAGGGAGACAACAAAUGCCAUGUGCUAGUUCUGAUAGUUUUGAUUAUUAUGGUAGUCCUGAAACCUACAAUCACCUUCAGUAUAAAAAGAUGUGUACUUUACCUGCUAAACCAAGUGUUCCGCACAAGAACUGCUCAAUGAAAGUUAAUCCCCCAAAUUUGCAAUACAGUAGUAUGAGCGUUAUGACAGAAAUGUACAACAAAGGACAAAGAAGUCAACAUCAAACACCUGAAGACAGCUCGACACUUCCUAGACCAGGAAAUCCCCAAACAAGGCAUUUUCGACCAUACAGCUCCGUUAGAUACAACCGAAAUGCUAAACCGGAGAUCAAAACAAUUCACUAAUUCCUUUUUAUG